AUGAGUCCCCUAGCCAGUCGACACAGGACGCGACGAUCUCAUGGGAGGCCGCAGUCGUGGACAGUUGAUGACCACAUUUUCAUGCAGGAAGCCCUGGCCCAGGUGGGGCUAGACAGUGCUUCUGCCUCUGUGGGAGCCGGUGCCUCAUGCCCGUCACAUCCUGGGGACAGCCUCGAGCCUGCCCUCCCCCUCGCAAUCGAAUCUGCAGGCACGCUUUGCAUUGGCUGA